AUGCUCGAUGACCCAGGAAUCCCUCUACCUACUUUAUUCCUACCUGGUAGAGACCUGGUACAAGAAGUCGUUCCGGUCAACGACUUUGCCAUGAUCGGCUGUGGAGAUGUCGCAAAUUUUGUCGCUCCAGUAGUGGUAAUGCUCGCUGCAGUCCAUAACGACACCGAGCUGCUGCUAGGUGAGAUAGUAGAACUGAUCGAGGAACUUGAGCUGGAGGGCGACGUGCUCAAACAUGCCGCAUCGUCUGGUUAUAGCUUACUCGAACUAUAA